UUCAAACCACAGGGUGCCAUGGCGGCCGCCAUGGAGGAGGACUCCUCGGAGGAGCCGGCGGCGCGGGAGCCGCGGGUGCGGGACACCCCCGAGGACAUUUGCUUCGAGGCCACGGCCAACGCCAUCGCCCUGCACCCGGAGCGGCCGCUGCUCGCCGCGGGGGACGUGGAUGGCGAUGUGUACCUGUACUCGUACUCCUGCACCGAGGGGGAGAACCGGCAGCUCUGGUCCUCGGGGCAUCACCUCAAGUCGUGCCGGGACGUGGCGUUCUCCCAGGACGGGCAGAAGCUUUUCACCGUGUCCAAGGACAAGUCCAUCCACAUCCUGACGGUGGAGGAGGGACGGCUGGAAACGCGUUUCCCCAAAGCCCACGGCUCGGCCCUCAACUGUGUGCUGCCCAUCGACCAGCACGUGUUCGCCACGGGCGAUGACGGCGGGGCGGUGAAGGUGUGGGACCUGCGCAAGGGCGAUGCUGUCCUGGAGGCCCGGCAGCAGGAGGAAUACAUCAGUGCCAUGGCCGUGGAUGGCAACGGGAAGAUCCUGCUCACCGCCAGCGGGGAUGGCACCCUGGGCGUGUACAACGUGAAGAGGCGGCGCUUUGAGCUGCUCUCGGAGCCGCAGAACGGGGACCUGACGUCGGUGGUGCUGCUGAAGAGAGGGAGGAAAGUGGCGUGUGGCUCCAGUGAGGGCACCAUUUACCUCUUCAACUGGGACGGGUUUGGGGCCGCCAGCGACCGCUUCGCGCUGAGGGCAGAGUCCAUCGACUGCAUGGUGCCCAUCACGGACAGCAUCGUGUGUGUGGGAUCCCUGGACGGGGUCAUCAGGUCAGGGGGAGUGGAGAGCCGAGGACUGCACCAGUACUGGGGGACCCCUCCCAAACUGGGAGUGUGA